GGGAACGAACAUUUGACGGUCGGAUAAGGAACUCGCAGUGCGGGAGUGUCAGCGCCUGUCUCUGUCCAGCUGAACUCCCGCUGGCCAAAGGUGAGGGUGCCUAUGCUUUUGAGGUAGGAGGCGCUGCAUUGUAAGCGUGGGCCUGCCAUUGUGCCCUCUGUGCCUUCUGGCCCUGUCGAGCGCCCGUUGGCUUUUGGGGCUUUGGGGAGUUUUGAAAUUUGCGCCCUCCUUCCUGUCAGUCGCCCCAGCCGUUCGAGGACUUGCGGGCGCUCGUUUUCCCAACGCUCAACAACUACUCAGUUGACACCACAGCACUGCAACAAUGGCUCCCACAACCCCCGCAACAACAGUCUGGGACACGAAAACCCAGCAGUUCCACGGCGGACAAGAAUGGCAGUUCAUAGACAACUUCGUAGAGGACUUUUCAGUCACCACAAACGGACUCGGGCUACCCAAAAAGGCUCUCCAGGCCGCGAGAGACUCCCUCGAUAUCUCCCACCACUAUCCAGCCGCUGACCAGGAACCUGCAAAGACGAACUUGGCCAAAUUCUAUGCGCCAGACGGAUUCGAGAGUGUUCACGAGCGGCUUUUGUUGGGGAACGGCGCGAGCGAGCUUAUUGACUUGGUCACUAGGGCGGCACCUGAGGGGCCUUGGAAGCCGGGUCCUUGGACUGUUCAGUACAAAGAGUACGAACGCUCAGCGAUCGCGCUUGGCCGUAAAGUGCUUGCGCCCAAGGAUGCGACGCCCGCCUCGCUUACAUGUAUCGUCAACCCCAACAACCCGACCGGCGACUACAUGAACAUCGAGGCGCUCAAGAAGUACAUUGAGGAGACGGUUGCUGAUAACACUGAUGUCAUGGUUGACGAAUCAAUGCAACCAUGGCACUCCCCCUCCUUCCGCUCCGACUCCCUCAUCUCGCAACCCACCUGGAUCGCCAACCUCUUCCAAACCCGCGGCAUCGCCGUCUAUCUCAUCCACUCCUGGACAAAACUCUGGUCCUGCACGGGUCUCCGCCUCGGCUCCCUCGUCUGCCCGACCGUCGCCCACUGCACCGCCCUCAAGAAGGUCCAGGUCCCGUGGUCCGUCAACGUCCCUGCCCUCGCUUUCUUGCAGGUUGUGACUUCAAGCGACGAGCAACCGUUUUUGGAUGAGACAUGGGCGGUUACCACCCCCUGGCGCACGUACACCGUUGACGCUCUCACAACCCUCGGCCAACACGUUAACAGCGGGAAAGGGUGGACGAUCACCGGCGAACCCUUCCUCUCGUGGGUGUGGAUCGACAUGCACGACGCGGAGGUAGCGGCGCAGGCUGUAGAGUUGGCGAAACGCGCCGGUGUGCCGGUGCGGAGCGGCGUGCCGGGGUAUGCGUGCCAUACGUGUGUUAGGGCGGCGGUGAGGAAGCCGGAGUUGGUGGAUAAGCUUGUGAGGGCUUGGCAGCCGCUUGUUAAGGCGUAGACUCGCCUGAAUUGGGGUUCUGAAUGUGGGUGUCCGCCUCACCGAUACUCUUCACGCUCGUGGGUGUCACCUUCCGGCGACCCUCCCUUGUUGAACAUACACCCCACCUGGCCCCUAUCUAUCUAUCACCACACCUUGCAUAGACAGUAUAGACUUAUCACCACGGACUUCCAUCAGUCGUAUCUAUCAUAUGUAUUGCAGCAUCCAUUCUAUCACUUAUUUCCUGCUUCUUUAUA